AUGACUGGAAAGGAGACGUCGAAUGAAUAUGUGGAAUAUGAUACCUCCGAUGAAAUAGAUACGAAGACUGGUAUUGUGGCCGGUGAUACGGAUAAUGAAGUGAUAAAGAGGCUGACGGCAAUUGAAACAAAGUUAAGCGUCAUGGAAGAGAGAUUGAGCCGCGUAGAGCACAUGGAAGAAAUGCUAGCAGAGAUUUUGCGUCGACUUCCUGCAACGGAUACUGGCGAAAUUCGCUACACCCAUACAAGUCCUGAAUUCGUGGCACAGCUUAGGACAUUGAAAGGAUCUAACGUCACACAAUUUGCGUUAGAUCUGGAAGCAGAAAUUUAUAAGGACGAUGCUUCGGAGCUGGACUUGCCUGUGGAACGACGUUUAAAAACGAAGGAUAAAGUGAUAUUUUUGAGACAGUGUGUUAAUGAGUACUAUUCGGUCCCGCAACAUCUCAAGGAAGCUACUUGGAAGCGAGUGCGUGAAGCUUUGGAUAGCAGAGUGCGAAGACUUCGCAAAAGGGUCCGAGAUGUGCAAGGCAACCCUUCUUCACAAUCAAAUCUCCCCGAUGGACUUAACUUUUAA